AUGGCGUGGGAACUCCUCACAGAGGUGUACAAAUUACCAAAGGAUCGGCUUUAUGUCACUUAUUUUGAAGGUGAUGAGAAGAUGGGAUUGCCUCCGGAUUUGGAGGCAAAGAGUUUAUGGAUUGAUGUGGGAAUAGAAGAAAAGAGAUUAAUCCCUGGAAACUCUAAAGACAAUUUUUGGGAAAUUCAUUACGAUCGUAUUGGUAAUCGUGAUGCUGCACAUUUAGUUAACCAAGAUGAUCCCAAUGUGGUCGAAAUUUGGAAUUUAGUCUUUAUGCAAUUCAAUCGUGAAUCAGAUGGUUUACUUCGUCAAUUGCCAAGCAAACAUAUUGAUACGGGCAUGGGAUUAGAACGUCUCGUUUCAGCUUUACAAAACAAAUAUUCGAAUUAUGAUACAGAUAUUUUCUUGCCCCUAUUUAGAAAAAUUCAAGAGUUAACCGGUGCAAGACAUUACUCCGGCAAAGUUGGCGUAGAUGAUGUUGAUGGUUUGGAUAUGGCAUAUAGAGUAAUCGCAGAUCAUGUACGCACCCUGACAUUUGCAAUUUCAGAUGGCGGUGUACCAAGUAACGAAGGACGUGACGUGGUGCGCGUUAUGCUAGGAAAAAAUUUAAUGUGGCAAUUGGCCAUUUCUUCUCAAGCCUUGUAG